GAAACAAAAAAAAAUCUGAAGUAGGUGUAUGAGAAGAAGAUAAAGGAUCCGAUCUAAGGUGGAACAUGGACAAAGGCAAAGCAGUGAUGGGUGCUGGCCGGAGAUGGGCCGUCGAUUUCUCCGAUCAAUCCACCGUUCCAUCUUCCCGCGACAUCCUCGAUCCACCUGGCUUCUCUCGUGCUUCUCCCGAACAGGAUGAUUCAGCAACGAGCCGCCAGAAGAAAGACGCUGAAGCUCAUUGGAAACUUCAGAAAGCAUGGGAAGUAGCGCAGUCACCGUUUAAGAAUCUGAUGAUGAUGGGGUUCAUGAUGUGGAUGGCUGGGAACACUGUUCAUCUCUUCAGCAUUGGUAUCACUUUCUCUGCUCUUUGGCAGCCUCUCAGCGCCCUCCAGAGUGUUGGCAAGAUUUUUGAGCCAUUCAAGGACAACAAGGUGGAGCUACUUAUGCCCAAACUAGUGUUUCUUGCCUUAAACCUUGGUGGGUUAGCUUUGGGUAUCUGGAAGCUCAACACUUUGGGGCUUCUCCCAACACAUGCAUCCGAUUGGGUUUCGUCCUUACCCCCUCCUCAGGAGGUUGAACACUCUGGAGGAGGAUAUGUUUUCCACUGACAAGCAAGUCUCUCUCUCUGUCUUGUACUUUAAAUAAUCAGCCAAAACUGGAAGAAGACGAAGACAUUUUGUGAGAUAACCGCCAGAGAAACUUAAAUGAUUUUGUUUAAUACUGCCAUGAGGGGGAAGAUUCAUAUGAACCUUCUCAUUUUAAUGAUCUUGUAGCAUUUCCAAAACUCAGAAACCAUUUAGCUUUUUUUCACCUUUUUAAGUAUAAUGUUCAUUGUUCAUCAUUACUAUGAACUGUAUUAUUAUCACAGAAGGGGACCUAGUCUCCCAGCUUUUUGUUUCCCAUCUUUCUAGACAAGAAUGAAUAAAUGUUCUAGACCAA